AUGAACAACAAGAUGUUCUCCUCUGUGGUGGGCAUCUUCUCCAUCUUCAACACCAUCCAGUUCCUCCUCAUUGACUUGAACCAAGUUAUAUACAUUGACUACGAGGAAAACUUCAGCAUCUACAUGGACACAAACUCUGAAAUAGUCUUUUGGGUGACGACCCGCAAGAAGAUCAUCAACAUCUGCCUAUCCAUCAUCACCAUCAUGGUCAGUGUCUUGCUCCUCUAUUGCAUCCGCAUGAACUACUACAUGGGGCUGCUGUGCUAUGCCAUGUGGAUCAUUACCUAUGAGCUUAUUAGCUUCUCCAUGGUCCUGCUCAUUAAUGGGGUCAUCAGAGAACAGUUCAAGGAGCUGCGCUACCUGAACUUGAUCUUCCAAAUCUCCCGCAUGCUCCUGCAGUUCUUCUGUCUGCCCUUCCUCAUCAAGCAUACAUACACCCUUUACAAGGGUCCCAAUAUUUUAAGCAAGCAAGGCCAUUGCAGACGCUCCUCUGUCAAUACAGGUGACUCAAGGCCACCUGUUGGGCCGAGAGCCUUGUACCGCCCAAGUUAA